AUCUCUCUACUUGUGUUGUGUCUUGUGUGUUGUGUGUUGUGUGUCUACUUGUUCUAUAUUACAGUAAGCCUUGCAAUAUAACUUACUUUGAGAAUUUUCUGACAUUAAUGGGUCAAACCUUUUUCUCGCCUUUUUGAUUUAUUUAGUGUUUUGAAUAAUCUCCUCAUCUUCUUCCUUCUUUAAACGUUCUCAUCAUCACAGUAUCUUCUGUUCUUCUUAGAGAGAGAGAGAGAGAGAAAAGGAAAGCUUUAAAAUUUACCAGUUUCCAUCCAAACCAGAUACUGGGUUUCACUGAAAAGCUGGGAUUCUGAUUCAUCUAAGUUCUAAGUGAAGAAACAGAGUAAACAAAACACAAGAAGUCAAGAAAUAAAAGUUGAGAUCUUUCUCUCACUCUCUCAGGAACUUUGAGUAUGUCUUCUUCUGUAGCAGUGUUAUGGGUUGCGGCUUCUCCAAAUCCAGACCCACUGAACAAUUGUGGGUUGGUAAGGGUUCUAGAAUCUUCUAGACUCUUCUCUCGUUGUCAGAAUCAGAGACUAGACAAAGGUAGGAGGAAGCAGACAACAACAACUUGGACCUCUUCUUCAUUUGUAACGAACCAAAGAAGAAGAAGUGGUGCUGUGUCUUCAAGCUUAGUUGCAAGUCCUUCAGGAGAGAUAGCCCUCUCAUCUGAAGAGAAGGUUUACAAUGUUGUCUUGAAACAAGCUGCUUUGGUGAACAAACAGCUUAGAUCUUCUUCUUAUGAUCUUGAUGUCAAGAAGCCUCAAGAUGUUGUUCUCCCCGGGAGUUUGAGUUUGCUUGGUGAGGCUUAUGAUCGAUGCGGUGAAGUUUGCGCUGAAUAUGCUAAAACUUUUUAUCUCGGGACUUUGCUUAUGACACCCGAAAGGAGAAAGGCGAUUUGGGCUAUCUAUGUUUGGUGUAGAAGAACUGAUGAACUCGUUGACGGGCCUAAUGCUUCACAUAUAACUCCAAUGGCGUUAGAUAGAUGGGAAGCAAGGUUAGAAGAUCUUUUCCGUGGCCAACCUUUUGAUAUGCUUGAUGCUGCUCUUGCUGAUACCGUUGCUAGAUACCCGGUUGACAUUCAGCCAUUUAGAGACAUGAUCGAAGGAAUGAGAAUGGACUUGAAGAAAUCGAGGUACAAGAACUUCGAUGAUCUCUACCUUUACUGCUACUAUGUUGCGGGAACCGUUGGUUUGAUGAGUGUUCCAGUUAUGGGGAUCGAUCCUAAGUCGAAAGCGACUACGGAAAGUGUUUACAACGCUGCCUUGGCCCUUGGGAUAGCCAAUCAGCUUACUAACAUACUCAGAGACGUAGGCGAAGAUGCGAGAAGAGGAAGGGUUUAUCUACCUCAAGACGAAUUGGCUCAGGCUGGUCUCUCAGAUGAAGACAUAUUCGCCGGGAAAGUCACUGACAAAUGGAGAAACUUUAUGAAAAUGCAGCUUAAGCGAGCAAGAAUGUUCUUUGACGAAGCUGAGAAAGGCGUCACCGAGCUCAGUGCUGCUAGCAGAUGGCCGGUAUGGGCAUCGCUGCUGUUGUACAGGAGAAUAUUGGACGAGAUUGAAGCCAAUGAUUACAACAAUUUCACAAAGAGAGCUUACGUGGGGAAAGCCAAGAAAAUUGCAGCAUUGCCAUUGGCUUAUGCUAAGUCAAUACUACAGACUUCAAGUUCAAGACUGUCCAUAUGA